AGUCUCGCUAAGGCACGUUCCAACGUGCACGAGCGGCCACCGCGGUGACAAAACCCACCAAUCCCAACUCAUUGGUGGGAAAACCACACCGCCUCUCCCUCUUGUUUUCCCCUAUUCAAAUUCGCACAUGCGCUAUUCUCCUGUUUCAGUCGUCCUUUGCAAGUGUCUAAUCCACUGCCUGUUUUCUUUGGCGUGGAGUGAAGGGAAUAGUGGUUUAUAGGACAAAUUAGGAAACGAGCAUCUCGGAUCGAACUCCUCGCGCCGUUCAUGUCAUUUGACUGAGUGCGCGGUCAGGGCAGCAACCGCUUUCUUAAGAGAAAACGCUUUCCAGGCUCUACGUUAGACAACCUCAGCAGGCCCUCGGAAAAGGUUUGGAGGGUCCUCAAGUGACAUUGCGCUUCGCUCAAGAAUAGCAGAGACGACCUGAAGUGGGAGAGGAGGCCGCUGGGCUCUCGGACGUUUCGUCGCCAUGUUCCGCCUCAUGUUGAGCCAUGCUAAAAAACACCCAAGCUUAGUUCCUCUGUUCAUAUUUAUUGGCGCCGGGGGAACUGGUGCAGCCUUGUAUGUCUUGCGUCUGGCUCUUUUCAAUCCUGAUGUCUGCUGGGACAAGAAGAAUAACCCGGAGCCCUACAACAAGCUGGGACCCAAUGACCAAUACAAGUUUGUUGCAGUUAACAUGGACUACAAAAAACUGAAAAAAGAAGGUCCAGACUUCUAAAGAACAAACAUACUCCCUUUACAAGCUGCACAAAAUGAAGGUCUUUAGGUCUUCCAGAAGCUGUCCGCACAACUCAUAUGCUUAAUCAUCCAGGAAAUACUGAAUUUUGUUGCACGUGGCACUUCAAUCAUGUUCUGGAAAAGAGCUUGUUGGGGCCUAAUAAAAUUGUGAACUCAAAAUCUUAAUACUGUCAUCUUUUGUGAAACAUUUUCCUGACUUGGGCUGUUGCAGAAAAUAUGUCACUGAUUCAAAAUACAGUUUAGCUAAAAUUCUUAUGUGAACUAUGAAUGAAAAAUAAGUUUUCAAAAAAGAAAAAAAUUAAAACCAGUUACAAAAAGUA